AUGCUUUGUCAAUUUUAUGCCACGGCUGCCACUUGGCUAGCUCUAGCCGGUGCUGCAGCAGCAUCUCCAAUGGCCAGGUUCGGCGAUUCUACAAUCCACGAGCAAAUUAACGUACCCAAUGAAUGGCAAGUGUCUAGUGCUCCGAGCCCAGAUACUAGGACCACGCUUCAGAUUGGUUUGAAGCAAGGCAACAUGGCUGGCUUACACAACCGGCUGAUGGAGAUUUCCGACCACACGCAUGCCGACUAUGGCAAGUGGCUCACUAAGGAAGAGGUUGCCGAGUACUCAGUGCCAUGUUCUGAGACAAUAAAGAUAGUCGAGAGCUGGAUCAAAGCUGCUGGCAUCCCUGAUGCUGAUCUAUCUCCACCCAGCGCUGAUUAG